AUGCGAACGCAUCCCACGUUUUACGUUGGUCGGCUUAAGCCGUACCAUCAGUACGCUGCUUCUUCCGAUGAAGAACGCCCUUGCGCUCAAGCAUCUCGCAGAGAGCCUUGUGCUACCGAUGGUGGGCAUCAACAAGGGUCUGAAGAGCAGCUGUCUCAUCCCGAGACCGAUCAACAAUCCCACGAGCUACCCUUAGCUCGUCACGAAGAGAUGUCAGAGAUCUCUCGUUCUCGAGCUGAGCAAAGGCAAACUCAGCUCGAUGCUUCGAGGCAGUGCCCGCCAUUUGGAGACGCCUAUUCCGCUCAUGUUCGAGAUCGUCGCGUAACCCUUGCGUUACGCGAUCAAAGAAGCUCUCGGGAACACACCGAUCCACAUGAUCGUGUGGAGAGCGUCUUUCCUCCUCCUCCACCUCCAUUAGAGGACUCUCGCGGUGGCCAGCGCUAUCUAGUUGAGCAGCUGUUGAACCACCGCGACGUGAACGGACGUCGGACGAGUUAUCUCGUCCGGUGGCGCGGCUAUCCCCCGUCCUGGGAUUCUUGGGAGCCCCGCUCCCAACUGAUGAUCAACGUACUGGGUUUGGUUGAGCAGUACGACGCGGCACAUCCUGUGCCGCAGAAGGACCGCCGGAGAAAGUCUUCCCGGCACGGUCGUAAAGGGAUUUCAGGUUGUCAAUCCCUUCGUACAUCUCAGUAG